AUGGUGAAGCGAGAUGCAGCCCACCUGCACUCUGAGCACGCCGACGUGCACCAGGAGGUGGAGUCUGCGUUCGGGGUCUGGGCCUUUGGCGUUCCACGAGUACCCGAUCAGCCGGACGGCCCGUUUCCCUUCGCCCCGACGGAGCUCCCUUGGCUGAACCUGGUGCCCCUCGAUUACUCGAUUCGCCGCUUCCUCUCCGCCGCUUUGAGAUGGCUCUCUCGCCCCCUGGGUCGCCGACUGAGAUCAUCCGAGAUGACGACGAGGAUGAAGAACUGCAGUCGAAAGAAGAGGGCCUUGUGGGCAAUGACGGAGAUGUGGGAGGGAGUGCUCGCCGACGAGAAGACCCUAUGCCAGUUGACGCCACGGGGGGUAGCCCUGGUCGUGGAAAGAGAUCCCGGGACGUCGAACCUGAGCUUGAAGGUCGGCCCCGCCGUCACGGGGGUGGGAGAGAUUCCCGACUACAUGGUGGCGACAUUCUUCCUGGCGCUGGACUGGAUGGUGCUCCUCCUCUUCCUCGGGAUGAACAACGUGAUGCCGGGCUGCCUGUCACUGCAGGCGAACUUCAGCGACUACUCCAACUUCAGUUGGGGCCUAUCACUGGCCUAUCACAGCAUCGACCUUGAAGAUGCUAGGGUCGCUGACAAGGCGGAGUUCUCCACACUUCACGGCCGUCUUGCUCGCGUUGAACAAAAGGGGGCGACAGUUGAGUCGGACGUUGCCAAGCUGGCCAAAGACGUUGAGGAGCUGAAGAAGAAGCAGAUUGGGUCACCCCUUCCCGCUGGUCCUGGUACUGGUAGUGACAGACCCUCCGCUGGGGUGUCCGGCCCGGCCGCCGCGAUUGGAGAUGAGUUGUCGGAGGAGGACAAGAGGACGUUGAUCGUCGGAGGGUGGGCUCAGGAUUCCAAGCGCCAGGUGAUCAUUGAUGAGUGUGCUGGCUUCCUCAACAAGGCUGGGGUGACAAAGCUGUUGGACCAGACCGCCAUUACAGUGUGGGGGCCACGCAGGUCCUUUGGGGUGCUCAAGUUUGUGGUCAGGGAUGGUGAGACGGCAAAGGAAACUCGCGACAGAAUGUGGGGCGUGAUCCAAGCCGCCCGGGCUGAGCCCUACUACCUCGAUUCCACCUCUGCCUUUGGGGAGAAGAAGAAGCUGUGGUGCAGUUUUACCAAGACCAGGGAAGCGCGGUGCAGGGGAGCUCAUGGUUCCAUGGUUCGUCGUGUAUGUCAUGGGAUGGUCGCUGACGCUGCCUUGGCUAACGAGGCCCACAACGUCAUGGCCAAGAAUGAGGGAUCCUAUGAGGUCGAUUGGGGAUCCGGCACCGUGUGGAUCGGGGAGUGGAAGCUUGGGUCGGCUACACAUCGCAUGCCCAAAGGUGAAGAUAUCCGACAGCCCAACUCGGGAUGGAUCGACAUCGGCUCCAUCUCCCGUGCGACUGGGGUGGCCUUCGACGUUGCGUUGGCUGCCUUUGAACGUGAACUCGAUCGCCUACCUCGGGGUGCACCAGGUCCCGAUGCUCGACCGUCUAUGAGGGUCUUGAGAAAAUUUGUGUCGUGGAAUGUUGCUGGCCAGAACUUGUCGAAGAUCGACCUUGUUGCUGGCUCUUUUGACUUGCUUGCUGUCCAAGAAAUGCCUCGUGGAAAAGUCGGUUGGGAUGAACACAGUACUGACAACUUUGUGUGGUUUUCACAUCAAGGAGCAGAUCAGUGGAGAGGAGUUGGCAUCGGGGUGGCCCGUGAGCUGUUUGACUCCGUCACGAACAAGACAUCCUGUGAGCGUGGGGCCGCUUGGGUCGUGCGCCUCAAAAGCCAUAAGCGCCUCAUCUUAUGUUCACUUCAUUGUCCCACAGGGGGUACCGUGGCUGCCUACCACCGGGAGAUCACGGCGUUCAAGCAGAUGUUGCGACGAUGGCAUCCUGAUCUUCCUGUCCUUGCUGGGGUUGAUGUAAAUGAAGUCGUGCGUUGGAACUCUGAAGACUCUGAGGAAGCGACCAUUGCUUCAGGGGCGAAAGUCGAUAAGACGCUUGAGGCCAUGGCCACCCUGCACCUUCGCGCUGUACCUCCUCGUCUUGAUGACCGUGCACUGCCCACACAUUAUCCAAGGGAUGAAAUGCGGGAGGGGCGCCACAUUGAUGCGGUGUUUACACGUCGCAUUGGGGUGAGCAGUGUGACACUACGUCCUGAGAUGCACCUGGAAAUCAACAGUGACCAUGCAUUGCUUGAAGCACAUGUCGAGAUCCAGAAAUGUCGUCCGUGCAAGUGGUACGACAGCAGACCGCGCUGGGUCGUUGGUGCAGAGCCCUUGCCUGAGGUCACUGACUUCGGGCACGUGGAAAAAUUGGCGGUGGAAAGGUGCCGCGCCUGCAGCAAGUGCACCUAUCAGGACGAUGAUGAGAUGAAGGGGCUCAUCGCUGGUGCUGGUGUGGCUGAGAAGAAGGACAAGUGGAAGAUCGUGCACAAAGAACGGCGGAGACAAAGGAUCUCCAACAUCCUUUACGGUGAUUGGGGUGCCUAUCGUGCCCAUAGAGCGACCCUUCGUCGCACAGCGUGGUGGGGUGAGCUGCUUACCAACAAAGAGAGUGGCCAAGUCGCUGGAGAAGUUGAGGAUCACCUUAGCCAGAAAUUUUGGGAUGUUGCUCGCAAUUGGGAUGUUGACCUCCGACAGCGUCUUGAUGGCAUUGACCUCCGCGACGCUACUUUGUGGCCUGUCGAGGAGAUGGAAGUGAUUGCUGCCCUCACUGGGAUGCGUGCUCGUUCGUCGGUGGGAUGCGACAAAGUGUCCGUUGACUUGCUCAGGCGGAUUGCGCUUGAACAACCGUCCGCCCUCUGUCAGAUGUGCACUGAUGUCCUGAGGGAUGGCUGCCUACCGCCUAACUGGGGCGUUUCACUUUUGGCACUACUCCCCAAAUGUUUGCACCCUCAACAGCCAGGUGACCUUCGUCCGAUUGCCAUGGGAAGUGCAGCCAUGAAGAUGAUGUCAAGAAUUGUCAUGAACAGGACGUUUGGUCACCUCAGAUCACCCUCUUGCUGUGCUUCGUCGGGGAAAGGCAGACAGCCUGCCGAUCUUAUUGGGACGUUCACCAGAUUGCGGGACAUUACCAAGGAGUGGCGCAUUGGGGUCGUCGCUGCAAAGUUGGACGUGCGUGGGGCGUUUGACUUCAUUGAUCGGGGCUGUGUCGCGAGUUUCCUACAAGACCGCCUGGGUGACAGUGGGAUGCCCUUUGAGCUCCGCUUCCUUCUGCUGCUCCUGGCCGAGAAUGUCAUGGUCGGGACCGCCCCUGGAGGCAAGACAGUCCGGGUUGAUGCCAACCGGGGGAUCAAACAGGGCAGCCCCGAGUCUGCAGAGCUCUUUGGGUUGAUCAUUGCUCACGAACUCCAAAAGCUACGUCUGGGACCCCUGUGGACUGUGCCUGGCGGGAAACUUGCUGACGUACCAGUCGAUGUGGGGUGCUUCCAAGACGAUAUCUUCGUCUGGAACAGUGACAUCAACAACCUCGAGAAGAACAUUCAGGACACAUCCCAAAUGCUUGCCCGUCUUGGAUUCAGCCUCUCCCCGAACAAGACAAGGAUUAUUGCCAACCGUCACUAUAAGGGGAGGAGACAGAUGACCGUUGAUGGGACGAAAGUUGAAAUAGCUGAGCAUGACAGUUCUAUCCGUGUUCUCGGAGUUGACUUCGACUUCGAUGCCAAGACGAAACAACAGAGCCGCAAAGUGAUGGGACGUAUUUGGGAUGCAUUCCACGCCAACAAGGACAUCCUCUGUGGCCAUGGCAGCUGGGGUGCCAAAACCAAGAUGGUACGCUCUUUGCUUGAAGGGACGUGGGCGUGGACAGCCGGGGCCCUUCACUGGGCGAAGGACGACCUCAUGAUGAUCAAUUCGAUUCAACUCCGUGUCUACAGACUCGCUUUCGGUGUUCGGAGAGGAAGCGCUGAAAAUUGGGUCGAUUACAACACAAGGAGUUUGAGAACGAUCCGCGCCUGGAUGCAAGCUCAACGGGUUGAACGAUGGAGCAGUAAAGUCUUGAGGUUGCAGUUUGCUUUGGUGGGUCACUGGUGCCGGAGGAAAGAAGGUGAUCACGAAUGCAUGCCAGCUCUGAUGAUGGGGUGGAGAGACCUCAAGUGGUGGAGAGCCGAGCAGAAGAUCAAGUCAGGGAUGAGACAUCCUGAACGCUUUUAUGCAGACAACAGCGAAAGAGCUCUGGCUGAAGCCAUUGGCCUCGAGUGGAAGAAAGCCACUUCCAAGCGUGAGGGGUGGAAAAACUUGCUGCCCCGUUGGUUGGAAAGUCAGGACGUUCGCUGGACAAGGGGUAGGCAACCUGCUCUUUCGGGUCGCUAG